GGGACCUGAGGGCGGUGGAGGAGAGGCAGGAGGAGCGAACGCGACGUGCUGGGAAAAUGCCCCUCCCCCGCCCCCGCCCCCGGUUCUGGAAUCCCUAAUAUCCUGGCAACCGGGCUUCGGAACCUCCGCAGACACCAAAGUCUUUAUAGCAAAGGGUAGCUCUGCCGCCCCGGGUCCCCGUCUUUCCACCCUUCCUCCCCAACUCCAGCUCCCCGUCCCCCGCGACCAACUGAGGUUCCUUGGACCUCCUCGUCUUCCCUCCUGCCGAGUAGCCCAAGAUUUCAACCCGUUUACCAGGGGAAUGGCAUGCACUCCUACCAGGAAUGAGGAGAACAAAGGCAGCGGGCUGUCCCAAGCUGCAACCUCCUUGGGUGGAGGUCCGGUUUCAUUAUCCCGCUCUGAGGAACUCCUGACCCGGAUCAGCACAGAACUCACUAAUGAGGCCUUGUUUAUCGCUGGCUACCACAUGAACCCUGUACCCACCAAAGGAAAACAGACACAAGACCGGGGGACUCAGAUAUCCAACCACGUGUUCUUCACCAAGACCCGAGGCACUGAUACCCACUCCGACAGAAACCGAACCCGUACCAAGGCACACCUCCUGCCAUCCCCUUGUGACAAGAACAUGCCUCAAAGCUCCUCUUUCACAACUCAUUGAACACUUUGGUUUGACGGGGACUCCUAGUCAUGAGCACCAUCACCUCUGAAGCCUCCGAAGUGUUCUGGAACCAUCACUCCGCUCUCAGCUGGCAAGGACACCACCAGAAAUCCAAGGCUUUAAUAAAGAGGCAGAGAUCCCUUCCUCCUCCCAACCCA